AUGGCUAGCAACGAAACAGCUGGAUUUAGUCAUCUUCCUCUAGCUACUAACAAAGCUAUGGAAUGUGCUCUGACAGGGUCUGAGCUGCUGUCGUGCGCCUAUCUGAACAAAGGCAGUGCCUUCACCGAAAAGGAACGUGAUGAGUUUGAUCUUAUUGGUCUGCUACCAUCCAAUGUCCAAACUCUCGACGAGCAAGUCAAGAGAGCAUAUUCUCAAUUCAAGUCCAGAUCAGACAAUCUCGCAAAGAACACCUUCAUGACCAGUCUGAAGGAGCAGAACGAAGUACUCUACUACAAGCUGAUCCAAGAGCACCUCAAGGAGAUGUUCCCUAUCAUCUAUACACCCACCGAGGGUGAGGCUAUCAGCAACUACUCGACCCUCUUCCGCCGCCCUGAAGGUUGCUUCCUCAAUGUCAACGAACCGGAGAAGAUUGAGCAAAGUAUGUCACAGUGGGGUGGUCCUGACGAUAUCGAUCUUAUCGUUGUUAGUGAUGGCGAGCAGAUUCUGGGCAUCGGCGACCAGGGCGUAGGAGGUAUCCUGAUCUCGGUCGCAAAACUGGCUAUCUACACUCUCUGUGCUGGAAUUCACCCUCACCGCACGCUUCCCGUAGUGCUGGAUGCCGGCACCAACAACAAAGACUUCCUCAAGGACGACCUGUAUCUCGGUCUCCGACAGGAGAGAGUCAGGGGAGAAAAGUAUGACAAGCUCGUCGACACCUUUGUCAAGACGGCAAGGAAGCAGUACCCUAACGCAUACAUCCACUUUGAAGACUUCGGCCUGCCCAACGCCCGUCGCAUCUUGGACGAGUACACUCCUAAGAUUGCUUGCUUCAAUGACGACGUUCAGGGCACCGGAUGCGUCACCUUGGCUGCGAUUUACGCUGCCCUGAAGGUCGCAAAGCUUGAGAUGAAGGAUAUCCGUGUCUUGAUGUACGGUUCAGGAACUGCUGGUACUGGUAUUGCAGACCAAGUUACAGAUGCAAUUGCUGUCGAGUCUGACAAGUCUAAGGAGGAUGCUUUGAAACAGAUCUGGUGUGUUGACAAGCCUGGUCUACUCCUGCAAUCGAUGAAGGACGAUUUGACGCCAGCCCAACAUCCGUACGCUCGCGAUGAUGAGGAAUGGAAAGGCAAGAAGCACGACGACUUGCUCGAAAUCGUGCGCGAAGUCAAGCCUCACAUCCUGAUCGGGACAUCCACUAAGCCCAAGGCUUUCACGGAGGAGGUGAUCAAAGAGAUGGCCAAGCACACCGACCGCCCGAUCAUCUUCCCCCUGUCGAACCCUACCAAACUACACGAAGCAGACCCCAACGAUCUCUUCAAGUGGACAGAAGGCAAGGCCCUCAUGGCAACUGGCUCGCCAUUUGAUCCAGUCGAGUAUAAUGGCACCAAGUACGUUGUUGCAGAAUGCAACAACAGCACGACAUUCCCCGGCAUUGGACUGGGAGCCGUCUUGUCUCGAACCAAGCUCAUGUCACCACCUUUGUUGGUUGCAGCAACCAAGGCGCUCGCAGCUCAAGCACCAGCACUCAAGGACCCCAACGAUGGACUGUUGCCAGACGUGACCAACGUUCGCGAGAUCAGUGUCAAGAUUGCAGCAGCGGUGAUCAAGAAGGCAAAGGAAGAGAAGCUGACUCAACAAGAAGGCAUUCCUGGGAAGGAUGAGGAGCUAGAGCAAUGGAUCAGGGCUCAAAUGUGGGAUGCCGAGUACAGACCUUUAAAGAAGAUCGAACACCAACAAGCAACACGUCACGCAAAGGGCGAGGCUGGCACCAAGGGAAAGACGUCGAAGAAGUCGAACUAG